AUGACGCCACUAAAAGCUACCCAGGCAAUGAAGAUACUACUCUCAGUUUUAAAGUUUGCUGCAGGAAGCGGGCUAACUCUGCAUCGCCUCCUUCCGCCACCGCUUCCCCGGGCGGGCGGGGAAAGCGAGCCCAAGGACGCGCGCGGGUCUCCAACCUACCUUGAUGAUGCUGCUCCGGCGGGGCAGGCCGCCCGGCUUGCUGUCCCUGGGGACGGGACCGGCCGGGCUAGGGGUCCGCGCGAGCGCCACGCCUCGAGGUCCCCUGGCGGGGCUGGCCCGGGCUUCGUCCCCGGACACCCCGAGGCUGCAGUCUCCGUUGGAAACCCCGCCGCUGUCAUAGCGCGCCCGCCCGUGGCCAAGGCGUCCUCCCCCGCCGCUGCCGCCGCCUUCUCCGGUUCCGGCUUUCAGGGCGCCCUUGGCGCUGAGGGCCGGGCCCGGGGAGGUGGGGCGGCUGGCGACGGCCCCCGGGCCCACCGCGACCUACCCGCGGCCAUCGCCUCCCGAGCUUCGCGCCGCCCCCUACAGGCCGCGGGGACCCGUCCGGGCCCAGGUCGCUGCUGGCCGUUAGGAUUGUGGUCUCCCAGGCCGGGUCAGCGGGCGCGGGUCGUACCCUACCGCCAACUGUCAGUCAUCGGAAGCCAUCCCCGGCCCAAGGCACAGCGUGCACGCGGGUCUGCUGCACCUGGUGUCCAGCCUCAGCCCCGGUCCCUUCCCACCCAGUUCCCGCUGGGCUUCCUCGGUGGAGCGGACCCAUUUUUCUAUGCAGAAACAGUUCUCUUGCGUGCUCUUGGACUGCUAAACUCAACGGACAUGAUGACUGCUUGCCAGGAUCUGGGCCAACUGGUACCCUUACUUGGUUCCUGUGACAUGCCAUUCUUGGACCCCUACUUGCUUCUCAAGCUCGACCAUCACCAGUGCAGUAAGACUUUUGACUGCUUUCCUUGGAUCUGUCCUCUACAAGUCCAUACGGCUGCCAGGAAACUACACACUCAGUGGAUUGUAUCAGUGCUUUCCAGCCAGGGAGAAACCACCUCGUUCUUGACACAAGAAACAUGUCAGCAUUCUCCUGUCUCUGAGGAAGAUGUGAACAUGCUGAUGAAUACUCUCAUUCAGCCAGUGGGGAACAGCAAUGUGCUGGAGCGAGGAUUCGAAGCAGCUGGUCACCGCUUCCGGGGGAGAAGUGCCGGCCCAAGCAGACAGCUUCGUCUUAUUUUUCCAGAGAAGCCAUAAAUCUGGAAUAUAAAACUUGCUAUUUAUUCAGUUGAUUUUCUUACAGAUAUCACAAAAUGAAAAAGGUUUUGGUGUGUUUAUUACUAAUAUUAUUAUUAAUAUUUUUGAGACAGUCUCUUACUUACUGUAGUCCAGACUGAUCUGAAAAAUCAGUAGGUAUCCCAGGCUAGUCUGAAACUCUUGGUAAUCCUCCUGGGUGCUGGGAUUAUAGACACCAUAUCCAUCUUUAUUCUUUCUAAGGUUUAUGGAAAGACCUGUUUUCUCCCAUUUCACCUUCAAUGUCAUGAUAAGCAAUAGCUUAGGAAAAUCCUUCUAAACUUGAAUUUCUUUAUAUCGUGCUAACAUGGUUUUUAAGGACACAUUUAUUUUCAUGAAUGUUAGCAGUCAAAUAUCCAAUGUGCAGUGUGUUGCUCCAGCCCGUUCCCUUCAUCUACCAUGUCCCACUUGCAACCUUAGAAAUGUUUCGUCUCUGAAACCCGAAGCCAGAGACCCACUGUCUAGCCAGAAACUUUGCCAAUUCCUCAGUGCUGUUCCAGUGUGCUUUCUGUGUCUAUAAUAAAAACCACGAGC